AUGAUUACAGAAAAAUUAAAUGAAUUUCGUUCGGUACCUGGAUAUCUUGAAGUGUUACUUGAUAUUAUUGAUAGCCAAGUCGAUAUUGGACUUAAAUUAAUAGCAGUAACAGAAAUGAAAAAUGUUAUUAAACAGUUUUGGGAAAACGAUCAAUUGUUCUCAAAUAAGGACGUUAUUAGAAGCAAAAUUCUCCAAUUUCUACUCAUUGAUGAUGCACAUGAGAAUUUCUUCAGUAUGGUUAUUGAAUCUAUUGGUCUCAUAGCCGCAUCUGACUUUCCAAGCAGAUGGCCACAGUUUAAUGACUUCUUCAGUCAAAUCAACAUUGAUGAAGAGAGUUUUGCCUUAGUACAGAGAAUGCUUUUUGCAGGAAGCGAAGUAUUCAAGAGAUUCGAAGAUAUGAGCUACAAGAGUGAUGGUGGUGAGAAAAUCUCACUCGCUUCGGCUCAAUGGAUCGAGAAAUUGUUAGCAGUUAUGACAAAAUUACUUCCAAACUACGAAAUAGAAAACACAUUUACUGCAUGGAUCCCAGCACUCAAACUAUUCAACUCAUUGAUUUCUACAGAUCUUCCUCAACCAUUCUUUGAUCAUCUUGGCGAAAUCUUCCAAGUAUUCACAUUACUUUUACAGACAGAUACCGUUGAGGAGCUCCUCGAAAUGAAAAUCCAGCUUUGCCAAAUUCUUCAAAAACUCAUUUUCAGGUACUUGGAUGAAAUCCUGAAUUACGCAGAAAAGAAACGCAAGAAUGGUGUCGAAGUUACUGAAGAACAAGAACAAGAAUUCCUUGAAAUAUUUAUCAAUCUUCUCGAUUCAGUUCUUGGUCAAUUAUAUAAUGAUGAGAAAUACGAAUCACAAUUCAAUUCAUUCAUUGUUACUGUCUUCAAAACGAUGGCUUCAAUCAUGAAACAAGCCAAACUUCGUGAUUUUUACUUGAAUGAAGAGAGAUUAAAUCAAGUGUGCGAAAUUGUUCAAAAGUACCUCGCAAUCAACGAAGACAUGGUCGAAUCGAUGCGUGAAGAUCCUCUCGAAUACUUCAACACCGAUAUCGGCGGACUUGAAUGGGAAUCACCAAGAAAAGCUGCAUUUGAUUUCAUGAAACUCCAACUUGCAAAGAACUACAGAGAAAACGUUGAAGAGAUAUUUGGAUCACCAAACCAACUUUCGAAGGCAGAAUUCGAUAGUUUAGAUUUGGAUGUGAAAGAUUCUAUGAUUUUCUUCACAGGUUUCUUCAAAUCAGCAAAGUCAUCUAUCAGAGAAGGUGUCUUACAAAUUGUUGAAGAUUUCGAUAUUGUUCAGUUUGUCACAGAAAUCAUCAUUCCUAUAUUGACACUCCCUAUUUCUCCAGAUCAACCGGAACUCAUGAUUUUGCAAGCAGAUGCAGUCAAGUUCUAUGUUGACUACAGGAACGUCAUCCCAGCAGAGAUCACAGCGAACAACUUCAAGACUUUCUUCCAAAUGUUGAAUUCCAACAUCAUCACAACAAAAUUGUAUGGUGCAUAUUUGAUCGAGAGAAUCUGUGCAUCUAAGUUGUUGAAUGUUUCAUCUGAAUUCUUGAUGAGUCAAGACAUCUCAUCAAUCAUUCCUACACUUAUCCAGUCACUUACAUACGAAGGAAAGACAUGUGCAUACAUCGGCAAAGUAUUGAUGCGAAUUGCUAGUGUUGGAGCAGAAGCAUUACAUUCAGUUUCUGUUUCAGUCAUCAAGACGAUCAUCAACACUAUCAGAUCAUCCAUUGAUAAUCCAGCCGACACUGAUUUCUUCCACAACUUGUGGGAAACUAUCGCAGCUUUGUUGAUCUACUCACAUCCACCAUUCGAAGAAGUCGAAGGUCCACUAUUCGAAUUGAUCAGAACAAUCAUUGAAAAACAAUCAACAGACUUCAUCCCUUACUCGAUCCAGAUUGUUGGUGCUAUGGUCAAUGCACACAGAGAAGGAGAUCAAUUCACACCAAUAUAUAACGAGUUCUUCGAAUCUAUGAUGAGUGAAGAACAGUGGUUACCAUUUGGAAACAUCCCAGCAUUAGCUAUGAUGAUCACAGCAUAUUCUAAGCACAUUCCAGAAUUAGUCUUCCAUUUCUAUGAAGGAAUUGUUAUGAGAUGUGAUGAAUUGUUACAAAAAUCGCGAACACACAUGUCUGCAUUUGUUAUUUUGCAGUCCAUCAUUUCCAUGGAUAAUCCUUCUAUUGAUGUCACCGGAAUCAUCGGCAUCACAUGGAAGAACUUCACAUUGCAGUUACCACGAUAUAAAUCAUCAUUUGCGAUUUUCAUUUGUUCAUGCAUCAACUCUAUUGGUGCCGACAGACUCAUCUCAUCUAUUCCAGGUGAUUGCAGGAACGACAUCUUCAACGAAUUGGAGAGAUGUCUUCCAUUGAUCCGCGAGCGCAAAGACAUCGAACGCGUUGUUUCCGGUGUCAUUCAAGGAUUACGUUGCGAAUCAGUUAAUUCCAAUGAGUGGGGAUGUUUGUUGCGUGGCAUUGUCACUGUUUUAGAACGACCAAAUCACGACGAAAACAUCAAUGAAGAGAUUGCUGCUAAGCGUGAAGAAGAAGCCGCCGCGACACAGUUCGAUACAACAUUCGCUCGCUUGAUUUAUGCCGAACGAUCAGAACAAACAGAAGGUGACAUCAACUCAACAACAAACUUGAACCAAUACACAGCAUGCGCUAUUUCUGAAAUCUCAGCUAUGCGUCCAGGUUGGCUUGGCGACGCAAUUCAAAAGUUAUCUCCUCUAAUACAAGAUUCUUUCAACAAAUACCAAGAAAGAUUCGAAGUUGCUUUUAUAUAUUAA